AAAGCAAUAGUGCAACAGGCAGCUCAGGGGCACGCAUGGUUUGGUUGAUUGGAUGGACAUGCUGGCUUCCCACUUCCUCCCAGCGUGGGUCCCGCCCUCUUAGUGUGUCUUCCUGAGAAUGUUAAAAGAAGAAGAAGAUAAAGAGCAUAUUGGUCUUACUGCAAGAUGUCUUUGGUGUCUGUUACUCUCUUCUUUUUUAACAUCUCACGGGACUGGGUUUUCCUAACUUCUCUCUUUUUUGGUAAUUAGUUUUGCUUUCCCCGUUGCUGCCCUCCAUCCCUCUGCAAAGGGCAAACGCUUCCUAGAGGAGGCCAGACGACUGGGCGGCUUCAAGCAUCCAGACUCCAGGGAGCGGAGCAAGAAACACCGCUCCGGCUGGACGCAAGCAGCUCCCAGACGCCUGCGGCCAGCAAACCUCUUGCCCAGCGGUGCUCCCGGCCAGUACCCGGACCCUCUCCCUUCCCACUCCCGGCUGGCGCCCGUGGGGCUAGCACAGUGCCCCGGGACAUCUCGUGGGCGCCUGUCCCCGGACACCUGUGACACUGAGCUCAGCACGCGCGGCGCGGAGGAGAAGGCAGCAGCCUCCUAGGCACCCGGCGGGCGCAGGUCGGAGGAGCCUCGAGCGCUGGCCGGAUGCUGCAGCGGAGCUGCCCCUCCGGCAGCUGUGGGAGACCUGGGUCGAGCCAGCCCUCGGGAGCGCCGGGGGGCCGGAAGGGGGUUCUGGAUUUCGAUCCCUCCCCUUUUCUCUCCGGGUCCCGGAGCGCUCCGGCUGUCAGACCCUCCUGCCAGGUAGAAGCCGAGAGAGGAGGACACAUCCUUGCUCCUGGCACCCCACCAUGGACAAUACCUCCAAUGACUCCCGCUUCGAGGACUGCGAGACUCGAAAGUGGCUCCCUUCGGGCGAAAGCCCAGCCAUCAGCUCCGUGAUGUUCUCGGCCGGGGUACUGGGGAACCUCAUAGCGCUGGCGCUGCUGGCGCGCCGCUGGCUGGGGGAUGCGGGGCGCAGCGCCUGCCGCGGGAACUCCAUCUCCUUGUUCCACGUGCUGGUGACCGAGCUGGUGUUCACCGACCUGCUCGGGACCUGCCUCAUCAGCCCCGUGGUUCUGGCUUCGUAUGCACGGAACCAGACCCUGGUGGCACUGGCGCCAGAGAGCCGUGCGUGCACCUACUUCGCCUUUGCCAUGACCUUCUUCAGCUUGGCCACGAUGCUCAUGCUCUUUGCCAUGGCCCUGGAGCGCUACCUAGCCAUCGGGCAUCCCUACUUCUACGAGCGCCACGUCAAGCGCCGCAGCGGCCUGGCGGUGCUGCCGGCCAUCUACGUAGUCUCCCUGCUCUUUUGCUCUCUGCCGCUGCUGGCCUCCGAGCAGUACGUCCAGUAUUGCCCUGGGACGUGGUGCUUCCUCAAGCACGGGAGCACCACGUACCUGCAGCUGUACGCCACCCUGCUGCUGCUCCUCAUCCUGGCGGUGCUCGCUUGCAACUUCAGCGUCAUCGUCAACCUCACCCGCAUGUACCGCCGGAGCAGGAGAAGCCGCUGUGGACCCUCCGUGGGCAGCCGGGGAGGCCCUGGGACCCGCAGGAGAGGGGAAAGGGUGUCCAUGGCGGAGGAGACAGACCACCUUAUUCUCCUUGCUAUUAUGACCAUCACCUUCGCCGUCUGUUCCUUGCCUUUCACAAUUUUUGCAUAUAUGAAUGAAAUCUCUUCCCGAAAAGAAAAGUGGGACCUCCAAGCACUUAGAUUUUUAUCAAUUAACUCGAUAAUCGACCCUUGGGUCUUUGCCAUCCUGAGGCCCUCUGUUCUGAGACUAAUGCGUUCAGUCCUCUGUUGUCGGAUUUCACUAAGAGCACAAGAUGCAACAGAAACUUCCUGUUCCACACGGUCAAAUGCCAGUAAAUAGACUGACCUUUGUGGACAAUAGCUAAGAACUGCUUAGUUAGCUAGCAUCUGGAAGAUCAUUUUGAAAGGCUUCCUUGGAGAAAUGAAAAAAAUUAGUUUGUAAACAAACUGAAGCUACCCUAAUAAAACAGUAAGUAAACCAACAUUUUAGCAGUGGUUUCGGCUGCAGAUGUGCUGACAAGGAGGCACUUCCUGGAAGGUGUCAGAAGGAGACAUAAAAGCUGCCCCUGGAGCUUGUUACUCCGGCUUUAGAGGAACCAAUGGCAUUAAAGACCCGGUUGCCUUUUGAUUUAAGCUUUCCUGCUGAAUGAGAAAGCAUGUGGUUUUGUAAUUUGUUUAAAACCUGAAAUAGUUACUGUGUGUUUUCUAUAUUAAUCUUUUGUGUUACUGAUGUUAUAAACACACAGUGUACAGUCAGACCAGAUAAAACCUUCAUAUGUAUUCUCUAGGAAGUCAAGAUGUUGAAGCAACCAAGCCUCGUGUUUCGUGAUUGCUUAACAGACCCUUCCUUUGGCCAGUAGGCUUGAAGUUCGCAGGCACUCUGUACUGCAAUGUUUGCAUGUAUUACUCAUAGAGGGGUAGUGACUACAGUGUUACUCAUAGAGGGGUAGGCUCAGCUUUUUCACUGGUCCUCUGGAAGCUGUGUGUCAAAGUGUCAGAUUAUUUAUUUUAUAAUGCCUGUUAUGCUAAUACUAAUCGAGAAAACUUUUCAUAAUUUUCCUCUCAACAAGAAAUAAUAGACUAUUAAGAGAGUUAAUUCUGAUUAAUACUCUUCAUUCUGUUUCCAGUGGAGGGUAUAUGUGGCUAUGUCUGAAGCCAUGUUAAAAACUGAAAGGACAUGGUUAAUUCUUCAGAUACACUGGAACCACUUUAAUGCUGAUGUUGAGGCCAUAACUAACAUCUACUUUAUAAGAGGAUUGUGUUGUAGCAAAACUCAUCUGCCUAUAUUUUUAUCCAGGAAACACGGGUUGACUAAUACUAUAUAGAAAAUCAUGUAACAAUGAAUCAUAUCUUUAUAUAUUUCUAAAUCUAAAUGCUCGACAUGGUGUAAACUCAGCAUCAAAAUAUUUCAGUGAGUUUGCACUGUGUAAUCUUAGUUACUAUGUAAGCUCAUCUGAAAUGUCACAAAAAUAAACUAUGAAACAAAACUUUGAAAAUGGAAUAGUACCUAAUGAAUUCUCCCAAAUAACACUUUAUAGUUAGUGUAGAUAUAAUGUUUUUCCAAUAAAAUAUAAGUAGAAAAAAUUAACUUCGCAAGUUUUUAAAGUAUGGUUGCAUAGCAAAUUAGAGUGUAAAGUACUUGGUACUACAGGAUUCUUCCUAACGUGAUCUUUAAAACAGUAGAACCAUCUUAUUUUUUUUUCAGUGAGUGUUAUUACAGGAUAGCCAUUAUAAAAACAAAACAAAACAAAACAAAACAAAAACAAAAAGGGAUGUUUGUUUUUUCCAGUCUCAUCGAGUUGCUUACGUAAAACCAUUUCUUAUAAGUAGUUAUCAAAC